AAAUCAGCUGACGGUGUGAACAAACAUUUAGUGGUGUGAAGUUGGAUGUGGACCUGGGUUUAUUGCAUCAUAUUGUAACCACUAUGCAUCUUGUAUUGUUGAGUUUGGCUGUUGUGCCAUUUGCAACUUGCUUCAACCUACGGAGCUUAAGGGCAGCUGGUGAGAAUCUCUCCUUUAACUUACGAGGCUAUAGGGCAGCUGGUGAUAGCUGUCCUCUCAAAUCUUGUAUGGAAAACAAAAAUGACCUGGAAGCAGAAUUUCAACGCCGGGUUAAAAUGGAUGCAGGUCCUACUGGAAUGCAGGUUACAUUUGGGAAGGACUUAUUCACCUUUUCUUGCAGUGUGUUUGAUAUGUUCAACACGUGCGUGGAAGAUUUAGAUUCUGAGGAGUUGGAUUCUUGCAUUCCAGUCGACGAACAGCCAUUAGCUCGCCGUGCACUAUCAAUGAUAGAUACGGCAGUGUGCUCCAAAGCCAAGCGUCUUGAUAAAUUAGUUCCCUGCAUGAAUGAUAAGAGCGUCCAAAAGAUGUUUUUUGAGGACCUGGUAUUCACUGGUCUUCAGUUCCUGGGUCAACUCGAAGCAACCGGAGCCUUGCCAUGCCAGGAUCUGAAGACAACAUAUUUGAGUACGGUAGACAGGUUGUCCGAUUCCUGUGACAACGAUGGUCUUCUUGCAAUACUGGAAAUGUUCGGCGAGUUGGCAACAGAGCUACGGGACAUCAUUGCCAUGGGGCUUACCCAAACUGGCUUAUCACUGAAUGAAAUUUGCUUUGACGUCAUUGUGAAUGCAACGGCAACAGCGAAAGAAAGCCUUUCAACUGAUUAUCCGAAGGGUCUUUGGGGUCUGUGAUCCAAGGGGUCUAAAAUACAGUUUUCUUAUUCGAUUUACAUUCUUCACGCUUUGACUAGUAUAUCUUAAUAAAUAGUCAGCAAACAUG